AUGAGGGCAGGAGCUGAAUGGAAAACUGCCUUCAGGACCCAUUACGGGCUGUUUGAGUAUAUGGUUAUGCCAUUUGGGUUAAGCAACGCCACUGCCAGGUUUCAAUGCUUUGAUAACAAUAUUUUUAGGGAUCUCCUAGACAUAUGGGUGGUCAUCUACCUUGACGACAUUCUCAUAUACUCCGACAGUUCACAAAAACAUCAGAAACAUGUGAGAUGGGUCCUAUCCAGACUCCGAGCACACCGUCUUUAUGCCAAAUUGGAGAAAUUCACUUUUGAAAACACUACCAUUCCAUUCCUAGGGUACAUCAUCUCUCCUGAAGGCAUACGGAUGGACAACACCAAGAUUGAUUGCAUUCUCAAUUGUUCCAAACUGAGGUUCACCUGGACUUCGGAAGCUCAAAACGCCUUUGAUGACCUAAAACGGCGGUUUACUUCCGCACCUAUACUACAGUUGCCUAACCCCACCUACCAAUACAUUCUCGAAACGAAUAAAACCCUGUCCUCCCGACAAGUACGCUGGAGCUUCUUCUUCGAUCGGUUCGAUUAUGUAAUAACCUACAGACCCGGGUCAAAAAAUGGUAAAGCGGAUUCACUCUCUAGGAUUGGUGACACUUCUAGAGAAGACACUGUACCCACUUCCAUUAUUCCACCAGAAAGGGUAUUAGCCGCCACGAUUGAUUUAAAACAACAACUCAAAACAGAUUUACAAGCCAAACACAAUCACCCUCAAGGACUCGAUCAAGAUGGCGAGGGGUUUCUCUACUACGGCACCAGAUUAUGCAUACCACCUAAUAUGCAUGUCCAAAUCCUUAAACGUCUGCAUAAUUCACCAGCCACAGGUCAUCCUGGUAUCAACAGGACACUGGAACUUGUACGGCGAUAUUUCUGGUGGCCAAAAAUGCAGGAAACCCUGAAGUCACUAGAAACAGCUGCCAACAUUGCGAGGGAGCUUUCAGAACAUACAAGAGGCCACCUGAAUGCUGGAGACAUCACAUAUUCUGUUCGUGCUAUGGAUCAGCUUGUGGAUCUACUGGAUGUUCAGCUAAGAAACUUAACUCCAGGUGGAAAAGACAGUGCAGCACGAAGUUUAAAUAAGCUGCAGAAGAGAGAGCGAUCAUGCAGAGCAUAUGUUCAGGCAAUGGUUGAGACUGUUAACAAUCUCCUCCAACCGCAAGCUCAGAAUGCAUGGCAAGACCUGACUGCAAAGGACCAGCUGCGAGCAGCCACCAUGCUUCUUGACACAGUUGAAGAAGGAGCUUUUGUGUUGGCUGAUAAUCUCCUAAAAACAGACAUUGUGAGGGAAAACACAGACAAUAUUCAACUUGAAGUUGCCAGACUAAGCACAGAUGUGAAUCUAGAAGACCUUAAAUUCCCACAGAAUAUGGCGCAUAGCAGCUCUAUUCAGCUGUCAUCGAAUACACUAAGACAGAAUGGUCGGAAUGGUGAGAUUAGAGUUGCAUUUGUCUUGUACAAUAACCUGGGUCGCUACUUGUCCACGGAAAAUGCAAGCAUUAAAUUAGAAAUGGAAGCUUUAACCACAAAUCACACAGUUGUUGUUAAUUCUCCUGUGAUUACUGCAGCAGUCUAUAAGGAAUCAAGUAGUAAAGUCUACUUGACUGAUCCAGUGAUGUUUACCGUUAAACAUAUAGAGCAAUCUGAUGACUAUUUCAACCCUAACUGCUCAUUCUGGAGUUACUCAAAGACUAAUUUUUCAGGUCACUGGUCAACACAAGGCUGUAGACUUAUGACAACAAAUAAAACGCAUACAAAGUGCUCAUGUAAUCACCUAACUAACUUUGCUGUCCUCAUGGCUCAUGUUGCAGUUAAGCAAUAUGAUGUUGUCCAUGACCUACUUUUGGAUGUGAUUACCUGGGUCGGAAUUCUACUUUCCCUUGUUUGCUUGCUGAUAUGUAUUUUUACAUUUUGCUUUUUUCGGGGCCUGCAGAGUGACCGUAACACAAUUCAUAAAAACCUUUGCAUAAGUUUAUUUGUGGCCGAGUUACUUUUUCUUAUUGGGAUCAACAGAACUGACCAGCCGAUUGCAUGUGCUGUGUUUGCUGCUCUUCUUCAUUUUUUCUUCCUGGCGGCUUUUACCUGGAUGUUCCUUGAAGGAGUUCAACUAUACAUCAUGCUGGUUGAAGUCUUUGAGAGUGAAAAUUCAAAAAGGAAAUACUUCUAUUUGAUGGGCUAUGGGAUGCCCGCUCUUAUUGUAUCUGUAUCUGCAGCAGUAGAUUAUAAAAGUUAUGGAACAGAUAAAGUAUGCUGGCUACGACAUGAUACUUAUUUUAUUUGGAGUUUUAUAGGACCAGCCACGUUAAUAAUCAUGGUGAGUUUUGUGUUCUUUUAUUUGUUUUUUUCCUCCAAACCCUUUAAUCCUCUAUUGUGA